AUGCGUCGACAUGCUAAUGAAACUGUGACACAAAAUACUCUUGUUGUAUGGUUAGACGAUCAAGCUAACAAUGACCAACAUCACAUAGUGCACAAACUCGAACGCCUGAUGAAUCAAGUUCAAUUGUGCACUGAUCACAACUUCUUUUUGUACCAAGUCAACACAACGAUUAACAAAGAAUUAUUUGUGAUUAUUCCUGGUUAUGUUGGUCAAUAUGUUGUGCCUAUGAUCCAUGACAAAAAAAACCUGAAUUCCAUUUACAUUCUAUGUGGCGACAAGGCGAAACAUGAAAAAUGGGCCAAGCAAUGGGCAAAUAUCAAGGGUGUUUUUACUGAUAUCUCAUCGAUUCACGAAGCUUUGAAAGAAACAGUUCGACAACGCGAAGAAAAUACCGUUGAAAUUACUUUAACAAAAGUUACUCAUCGCAUUUCGGAUGAGCGAGACUGGGAACCGCUUGAAAAUUUCAGAGAAGCACUAUUAGCAAUUGAAUCCAACGACGAGUACUUCAAAGAUUUUAUCGCUCAUUACCGCACAGAAUUCGUUGACGACGAGCAUGAACUGAACAAUAUUCAUCAAUUGGAACACAAUUAUCAUAGCCAAUCACCAGUAUGGUGGUAUAUGUCUUCGAAUUCCUUGUAUUCCAUGUUGAAUAAAGCUCUUCGAACAGUCGAUAUCGAUGCGAUGGUCAACAUGGGUUUCUUUCUCCGGGAUAUACAUAAACAAAUCCAAAAAUUACAGUUGGAACAGUUUUCUGAUCAAUCGGCGAAUGAUAUAUUCAAGGCUUACCGUGGACAAGGAUUAUCGAAAGAGAAGUUGAAAAGAUUAAUACAAAACGAAAAAGGUUUAAUCAUAUUUCAUAAUUUCUUGUCUACGAGUAAAGACUACAAAGUCUCUCUUGACUUAGCGCACCAAGCUACGGUCAGUACUGAUAUGAUCGGAGUUCUUUUUACGAUCACAAUUGACCCCCACAAAUCAAUCGCCUGUUGUGCAUCUAUUGGUCAAGUGAGCUCUUUGCAUGACGACAAUGAGAUUCUGUUCUCAAUGUAUACCGCCUUUCGCAUUAUUGACGUCGAAUCAAUUAACGAUAGUAAACGUCUUUAUGAGGUUCAUUUAACACCUCUUAGUGGAAACGAUCCAGAUCUGCACAAACUAACUUAUCGUCGACAACUAUCUGCACCCAUCCUGUUUUCCGAACUGACAUCUUGGAAUCGUCUAGGGCGAGUGCUCAGCAAUAUGAGAUGUUAUCAGAAAGCUGAAGAACUUUACAACGUACAGUUGAGUCGGACAACGAAUGAUACCGAUAAAGGACAUAUUUAUCAGGAACUGGCAUGGAACAAAUGUCAAGAAGGUAAAUUCGACUUGGCGAUAGAAUUUUAUGAGAAGGCGGUAGACAUGUAUCAGAGCAUGCAUCCCCCAAAUCAAUUGGGUUUAGCAGAAGCACUGCUGAACAUCGGUCACGUGUAUACGAGGCAAAAUAAUUAUACAAAAGCAAUAGCGUAUCAUCAGGAGGCUAUUGCCAUUCAGCAAGAACUACUUCACUCCAAUCCUUCUGUCCUAGCCCAAUCAUUUGAUACCUUGGGAUAA